AUGGAAGAAAAAACAAAAUUAUAUCAAGCAAUUGGUUAUAAAGAUGAUCAAUCUUCGCAACAAUUAUAUUAUCCAGAAGAGUAUAUUGAUAUUGAUCUUUCAUUGAAAUUAAAUCUUAUUGAAAUAAAUGUUUGGUCUUUAAUCCAUCAAAAUGAUUUACAGUAAGACAUCAGAUCUCAUUUGUAGACUAGAAUCAAUUUUACUGAGACUAUCAAUAGGAUCACUGAAAAUUAAAUCAAUGGGAAUGAGAGAUGUCUAUAGGGUCGCGCAGCUUUCUCUGGAAGUACAUUACAAUACUGUAUGAUUUUGUAGAGGAUUUUGGUGUUCACAAAUGUAAUAUCAUAAGAUUUGGUGAAUCUAAUGGAUUAAUAAGAAGAAUACUAGUCUAGUAUCUCGAUGAUAGUGCUUCGAGAAACAUUUCUUGAAAUUUUGUCGCAGCGGCAGAUUUUCUGGUACGAUGGAGAUCUGUGAGAGGAUUACAACUAAAAAAAAGAAUCGCUUCCGCACAUCUCGAAUUGAAAUAUAUGAAAAAAUACUUCGUUAUUAUUUUGUUUUAUAGAAGCUCAUUUAGUUUAUCUAACAAUGGAGGUGUUUCUAUUGAUAAUUAUAAAGAUGGGACAUGUUCGGCUCAAUUGAAAGCUCUCACUAUCCCAAACUAUCAAAUUUAAAAUAUUAGCGGCUAUUGGCGUGCACGAACCGAGAUAUUCAAAUUUUAAGGUAUUUACAGUUUGUGUACGAUAGUCACAAUAAAAAAUUUCAGAAGAACUUCUACUUAUUUGUUUUCUUGCCCGUUGGAUGGAGCUUAUCGAUUUGCAUUAGAAAAUAUGUGUUUUAUAUUUUAAAAAGAGAGUUUAAAUAAUUUUAUCGGACAAAAAGGUCUAAGUUA